CAUAUCCUUUCGGCAAUCGAUUCAAGAAUUCCGGAAGGCGGUAUUCUACUGGCGAUCUGCAGGCUCCCUGAAACUCCGCGGGAGUGCCCGAGCCCAACCACGCAGGGAACUCCUACUCCCGCGUCUCCCUCCUGUAUAUAUAGUAGCUGGCCCCGACGCCAUGUUCCGGUUUUGACGCAACGGUGGUAACAGCCGCAGCCGCCUCAGGAGGAGGAGGAGGAGGAGGAAGUGCAAGCCAGAGGAAGGAGGCAGUCCACCAGCUCUCUCGGAAGAGAAAAGUGCUGACAAGCGGCGCAACAGAUGGCUAAGAACUAGCAAGUUAUGUUCAAGACUAUGUUGGCUCAGCUUCCUACCACCAUAAAUGGAGGCCCAAAUAUGUGGGCCAUCACUUCUGAAGAAAGAAAGAAAUAUGAUAAACAGUUUGACAGCCUUAAGCCAGUUGGGGGAUAUAUUACAGGUGAUCAAGCACGAAUGUUUUUUUUACAGUCAGGUUUGUCAAGUCCUGUUUUGGCUGAAAUAUGGGCUCUUAGUGACCUGAAUAAAGAUGGGAAAAUGGAUCAGCUGGAGUUCUCCAUAGCUAUGAAACUCAUCAAACUAAAACUGCAAGGCCAGUCCUUGCCUAUGGUGCUUCCUCCAAUCAUGAAACAGACUCCAGCAUUUUCUCCUUUGAUUUCUGCUCGUUUUGGUAUGGGCAGUAUGCCAAAUCUGUCUACAGUAGCACCUUUGGCUCCCAUGUCCAAUCUGACAUCUGUACCUUCCAUUUCUCCCAUGGUGAUUUCAACCCCACUGUUGCCUUCUGCCACUCCUCCAUCAUUGCCAAAUGGAACAUCCAGCCUUCUUCAGCCAUUAGCUAUGUCCUACUCUUCCACUUUGCCUCAUUCUAGUUCAUACACUCCCAUGAUAGGAGGAUUUGGUGGUUCCAACAUCCAGAAAACUCAGUCCUUGAUAGAUUUAGGAUCUAGUAGUUCAAAUUCUUCUUCUACUACCUCAUUAACUGGCAAUUCACCAAAGACAGGAUCUUCAGAUUGGGCAGUUCCUCAGGCUUCAAGAUUAAAAUACAGACAAAAAUUUAACUACCUUGAUAAAGGGAUGACUGGAUACCUUUCAGGAUUUCAGGCAAGAAAUGCUCUUCUACAAUCAAACCUAUCUCAGACACAGUUAGCCACUAUCUGGUCUCUGUCUGACAUUGAUGGUGAUGGACAGCUGAAAGCAGAGGAGUUCAUCUUGGCUAUGCAUUUAACUGAUAUGGCCAAAGCUGGGCACCCACUCCCACUAAGUCUGCCUCCUGAGUUUGUGCCCCCUUCUUUGAGAAAUGGAAAGCAUUUGGAAAAUAUUAACUGUGCUCUGCCAGCUUAUGAACAAGAAGAGGAACCUCCCCAGAAACUUCCAGUUACCUUUGAGGAUAAGAGGAAGGCAAACUAUGAAAGAGGCAACCUGGAGCUGGAGAAACGGCGCCAAGUGCUCCUUGAGCAGCAGCAAAGAGAGAUGGAACGUAAAGCACAGAAGGAAAGAGAAGAAAAGGAGCGAAGAGAAAGGGAGAGGAAGGAACUGGAGCAGAAGAAACAACUUGAGCUAGAAAGGCGCUUGGAAAAACAACAAGAGAUGGAGAAACAAAGGGAGGAAGAACGGAAAAAAGAGAUUGAAAGACGAGAGGCAGCUAAACAAGAACUCGAGCGUCAAAGACGGCUUGAAUGGGAAAGGAUUCGUCGUCAAGACCUUCUUAAUCAACGUAAUAGAGAACAAGAGGAAAUUGUGAAGUUAUCUUCUAAAAAAAAGAGUCUUAAUCUUGAACUAGAUGCACUGAAUGACAAACACCAUCAGAUCUCUGGAAGACUAGAAGAUGUUUGUAACAGAAAACAAAAGCAUAAAAAUGAGUUUGCCAAUCUAGAAAAGAAAUGUGAUAUGGGAAUUAUUGAAAUCAAGCAGUUGGAACAACAGCUUCAAGAAUAUCAGAAUAAGCUGAUUGCUUUUGUUCCUGAGAAACAACAGUUGAGUGAGAAAAUAAAUUACAAGAUUAGCAACUGUUUUGAUACACAGCUAAAUUCGCUGCAGAAGAAAUCAUUAGAAAAAGAAGAAUUAUGCCAAAAACUUCAGGAACAACUAGAUACACUAGAAAAAGAAACCACUUCCAAGCUGUCAGAAAUUGAUAUUUUUAAUAAGCAGCUCAAGUGUGAGACUAUGGAUGCUUCUAUUCUUCAGUGCCUUUUGUAUCUGCUAAGCUGUCUCAACAACCUCUUCCUCUUACUUAAGGAACUAAGAGAAACUUACUGCACACAGCAGAAGGCGCUUGAGCAGCUCCACAAAAUCAAACAUGAAAAAAUUCAAGAACUGGAAAGAAAAAGAACUGAACUUGCUUUGAAAAAAAGAAUAGAAGAUGAGACUACACGAAAAGCAAAACAGGAAAAGGAGAACUUGUGGCAAGAAACCAUCAGGAAGGAAGAAGAAGAAAGAAAAAAGCGUCUGAAAGAAGAUCGAAUGCAGGAAAAGAUCCAUGAGGAAAAACAAAGAGCUGAGGAGGCCAUUGCACGAGAGAGGGAGAUCCAGAAACAAAAACUAGCAGAAGAGAAAUUUGAAGAGGAAAGACAAAAUAAACAAACAUCAGUAGGCUUUGUGAAUUAUAGAGCUUUAUACCCAUUUGAAGCCAGGAAUCAAGAUGAGAUAAGCUUCCAUACUGGAGAUAUUAUUGAGGUUGCUGAGAAAACUGAAGGAGAACCUGGCUGGUUAUAUGGACAUUUUCAAGGACAUUUUGGCUGGUUUCCAUGCAAUUAUGUAGAGAAAAUGCCUGAAAAUGAAAAAGCUGUUUCACCUCCCAAGAAAGCCUUACUUCCUCCUACAGUCACUGUACCAGCUACUUCAGUUCCUCUAGAAGUACAUUCAUCCAGUAAACCAGCAGAUGAAGCAGAAUACCAAAAUGUAUCUUUUGCAAAUUUAAAUGCUAGCUCAUGGCAGAAAAAGUCUGCCUUUACUCGCACUGUUUCCCCAGGAUCUGUUUCUCCCAUCCAUGGACAGGGACAAAUGGUAGAAAACAUAAAAGCACAAGCACUUUGCUCUUGGACUGCAAAAAAAGAUAAUCACUUAAACUUUUCAAGAAAUGACAUAAUUACUGUGCUGGAGCAGCAAGAAAAUUGGUGGUAUGGAGAAGCUGGUAAAGGAAGAGGAUGGUUUCCCAAAUCCUAUGUGAAGAUUUUGCCUGGAAAUGAAUGCCAAAGAGAGGAACCCGAAGCUGUUUAUGCAGUUAUAAAUAAGAAUCCUCCCACAUCAACUUGUGUUUCAGAAUAUAUAGCACUAUAUCCUUAUUCAAGUUCUGAGCAUGGUGAUUUAACUUUCACUGAAGGUGAAGAAAUAGUAGUGAGUCAGAAAGAUGGGGAAUGGUGGACUGGAAGAAUUGGUGAUAGAAGUGGAAUCUUUCCUUCAAACUAUGUCAAACCAAAGGAUCAUGAUACUUCUCCUACAGCUAGCAAAACAGGAGCAUUAAAUAAAAAACCUGAAAUUGCUCAAGUUACAACAGCCUACGCUGCAUCAGGAACGGAACAGCUGAGUCUUGCUCCUGGACAGCUGAUUGUAAUUUUGAAGAAAAAUUCUAGUGGAUGGUGGCAGGGAGAACUACAGGCAAGAGGGAAAAAAAGACAAAAAGGAUGGUUUCCUGCUACUCAUGUGAAACUGUUGGGUCCCAGCAAUGAAAAGACUAUGCCAGCUGUUCAUCCAGUGUGUCAAGUGAUAGCAAUGUAUGACUACUCAGCAAACAAUGAAGAUGAGCUCACUUUUUCUAAGGGGCAGCUUAUAAAUGUAAUGAACAAAGAAGAUAUGGAUUGGUGGCAAGGGGAAGUCAAUGGCGUUUAUGGCCUCUUUCCUUCAAACUAUGUGAAGAUGACUGUAGACUCUGAUCCAAGUCAACAGUGGUGUGCUGAUCUCCAGAGCCUUGACACAAUGCAACCCAUGGAAAGGAAGAAGCAGGGUUAUAUACAUGAGUUGAUCCAGACAGAAGAAAAAUACAUGGAUGACCUUCAGCUUGUCGUAGAGGUUUUCCAGAAACAAAUGACUGAAGCAGGCUGUCUCUUGGAAGCCGAAAUGGGAUUAAUCUUUGUUAACUGGAAAGAGCUCAUAUUGUGUAAUACAAAGUUAUUGAAAGCCCUUCGGGUGCGCAAGAAGACUGGGGGGGAGAAAAUGCCAGUACAGAUGAUUGGUGACAUCUUGGCUGCUCAGUUAUCCCAUAUGCAAGCCUAUAUUCGAUUCUGCAGCUGCCAGCUUAAUGGAGCUGCCUUGUUACAGCAAAAAACGGAUGAAGAGCCAGAGUUCAAAGAAUUUUUGAAAAAAUUGGCCUCAGAUUCCCGCUGUAAAGGCAUGCCCCUGUCCAGCUUUCUUCUGAAACCGAUGCAGAGAAUUACUCGCUACCCUCUGCUCAUCAAGAGUAUUUUGGAAAAUACCCCUGAAACUCAUCCUGAUCACAAUAAUCUGAAGCAGGCUCUCGAGCGUGCUGAAGAAUUGUGUUCCCAGGUGAAUGAGGGGGUGCGUGAGAAGGAGAAUUCAGACAGACUUGAAUGGAUACAGUCCCAUGUCCAGUGCGAAGGACUUGUUGAGCAACUGAUUUUCAACUCACUGACCAACUGUUUGGGACCACGGAAACUUCUGCACAGUGGCAAGCUUUAUAAGACAAAGAGCAACAAAGAACUCUAUGGGUUUCUCUUCAAUGACUUCCUGCUUCUUACCUACAUGGUGAAGCAGUUCGUCUCUACAGGAUCAGAUAAACUGUUCAGCCCCAAAUCAAAUUCCCAGUUUAAAAUAUACAAAGUGCCUAUUUUUCUUAAUGAAGUCCUAGUGAAAUUGCCAACUGACCCUUCUAGUGAUGAGCCAAUUUUCCACAUCUCCCAUAUUGACCGAGUCUACACACUGAAAACAGACAAUAUAAAUGAGAGAACUGCCUGGGUCCAGAAAAUUAAAGGCGCCUCAGAACAAUAUAUUGAAACUGAAAAAAAGAAACAUGAAAAGGCUUACCAAGCUCGAUCACAAAAAAGUUCAGGAAUAGGACGCUUGAUGGUGCAUGUGAUUGAAGCAACGGAAUUAAAAGCCUGUAAACCUAAUGGAAAAAGCAAUCCAUAUUGCGAAGUUAGCAUGGGAUCUCAAAGCUAUACUACCAGGACACUGCCGGAUACCUUGAAUCCCAAAUGGAACUUUAACUGUCAAUUCUUCAUCAAAGACCUUUAUCAAGAUGUAUUGUGUAUCACCAUGUUUGACAGGGAUCAGUUUUCACCUGAUGAGUUUUUGGGUCGCACUGAAGUUCCUGUAGCCAAAAUCAGGACAGAGCAAGAAAACAAGGGACCUACAACUAAACGUUUACUACUGCAUGAAGUACCAACAGGGGAAGUUUGGGUACGCUUUGAUUUACAGUUAUUUGACCAGAAAACACUUGUUUAAAGAGAAAAAAUACGUUUUAUUUAUAACAGCCAGGACCAGCAUAGAUCAUUGAACUGCUCUUACUGGUAUGUUUUACAAGCGGUGUAUAUAUACUGCUGCAAAAUCAUUUUGCCUGGUCACACGGACAUUAUUUCUCCUGGUAUAUAUUAUUUAGUUUUGUGCUUUGCACUCCUAUAUUGGUGGCAAUCUAUGCAAUAUACUGUAUAUGAGAUAAUAUAAGACAGUGCCUUUCUUUAUUGAAAGUAAAUAUUUUUUAAAGCAAAUGUCAGUGUUUAUUUCAGAUUCCUUUAAAGCGUUACCAAGGAAUCUGGCAAUUUAAAAUGUUUGAAAUAUCUCCGCUUAGAUUUCAAUGAACCAUACGAUAAGUAGUGAAAUCUGAACCGGUUUAUUACUGGUUCGCUGGCUGCACAUGCGCGCUCUGCGUGCAUGCGCAGUGCGCACCAUGCACCAAAUGUGAGGUGUGCGCACACAGUGCACGCCAAAAGGAGGCAUGCGGUAAGUAGAAUGGGGGCGGUGAUCAGCUGUGCCACGUGAUCUUUUUUUUUACUAUUAAAAGCACUGCUUUUAAAAGUUAAAAAAAAGCCUCUGAUGAUCUCAUGGCUCAGCUGGGAUCGUCAGAGCCUUUUAAAAGCAUUUUUUAACAACCUCUUCAGCCGAAGAGGUUGUAGAAAAAAUGCUUUUAAAAGAAAAAGCAUGGCUCAGCUGGGCAUGGGCGGGGGGGGGCAGGGAUUUUUGCUACCGGUUCUCUGAACCACCUACCGCCAUCGCUACCGGAUCGGCCGAUCCAUUCCGAACUGGAAGCAUUUCACCCCUGCAUAGGAUAUUUUAGUUCUGGGCUAAAAUCAUUCCUCAGGUUCAAAAAAUUGAGUGUGAUUGACCCUUAUCUCAGGUUAUCUCAGGAUAUAAUUUUGGAAGAAGUUUCAGCACUUCAGAAUCCUUUCAAAAUUGCAUAUUGACACAAAGUGCAGCCUUUAAAAAACUUGCUUCUGUUGUAAAAAGGCAAUAAAAUCUCUCUCUCUCUCUCAAUAAUUUUGGAAAUUUACCAAGGUUUUUUGGUGGUAAAUAAGAUAAAUUCUUUUGUAUAAUGUGGGACAUAAUGGCUCGGGCUAUGCGACUUAUCUGCAGAAGCAAACAACCAAAGCUCUCUCUAAAGCCACUGCUUAAGGCAUCAGAAGACCAUAUCCUCUUCAAGGUGGCCCAUCAGCAGCAAUCCUAAGAAAGUGUGUGUGCAGACAAUAGGGAGCAGCCUUUGAAGCAGCCAUGCCAAGCCACCCUUAUGCUCAAGCCAUGACUUCAGAGAGCGCCUCCAAAUGAUUCACAUCGCCUAAUAAUGUUUUGAAAAGUGGAGUUUCUUGCAGAUCUCAAUAAAACAUGCAGCUAAAACAUGUCCAAGUCGAAGAUUCCAAGGAGGAGGACGUUAAUGUUAUCUUGGGCUCUAUAAUAAAUAAAAUAAGCUGGUGAAUAUACUAUAAUUUCUCUACAUAUUAAUAUGUGGCAUAUUGCUUUUCUUAAGCCAAUUGUAUUGUAUUCUGGAAUGUAAAUGAGUAAGAAAGAAUCUAGGAAUGAAAUAGUGCAAAAUUAUCAAUGUUUUAAAACCAGGUACAUUUACUACUGGAAUUGCUAUAUAGGAUUUUAUGGAAUUCAAUAUUCAAGAGUGUUUGUCCAAACUCCUCUGGUAUGGCUUUACUAAUAGAGCUUGAGCACAGCUAGUGUUUAUUUAUUUGCAAUUUUUAAAAAUGUGCUGCAAUUGAACCAUGCUCUUUAUUGGGAAGGGUUCCUCUUUUUAGAAUGUAAGGGUUGAGAAAGAGAUGUGUAUUUUGAAUAUGCAUCUUAGGUAUA